UUUAUUAAUGUGGAACUUGCAGAAAGAGACAGUCUUUUUCUUUAGACCUGGCGUGACUUGGCUAAAUACGUCAUUUGUAAACAACCAGGCUUGUAGAUUUCUAGUCAUUUUCUUUUUUCGUUUAUAUGAGGAUAUAUAGAACUCGACAGUCGUCAGCUGUAUAAAAAUCACAAUGCCUCGGGCAUUUCUUAUUAAGAAAAGAGGUGAGAGAGGAGACAUUUCGGCUGUCAGCCCCACAGCAGACUCGAACCCGAGUCCAGCUUACGCCGAGCUACCACCGAAAAGUGAAAUGGACAAUCUCGACGAAAAUGACACAACGGACACUGAUUCUGCGAAACAUUGCGACAUGAGGGACACAGCGGGAACAACCGAUCUAAGUUUGCCACCAAAGGUGAGAGAUCCAAACAACAAGACACCCUUGUGGAGGAUCGUCCCUCGCGAAAACCCUCGGGCUUCUCCCCUGACAAGCGACGAGUCGCCAGAAUCGCCUCCAGCAGUUGUGGAGAGAAAGAAAGAAAUUUAUGAUGCAGAAAUGGAAAAUAUACAAAGUCCAAUCCAGUCAACAGGAAAGGUCACUCCAGUUCACCCCAAAGUGAUUGUCCCUCGUCUGUAUGAGCCGCCACUGCGUGGUUCGAGCACCUCCCCCGGGGGUGGGGAAAGCGACAGGAGCAUAAGUAGCAGCCCACCGCUAAGUUCACCAAGCGGUUCGCCACCAGAACAUCCCAGAAUUCCAGAGCCGUUUCCAUGGCACCCAUCCAUUCUCAACAACAUUCACCAUCACCAUUCUUUCCUUCCGUUCAAUUUCCGGUUUCUAAAUGGAUUUCCGGUCCAACCAGUUCCGAGGUCCAUGUUGGAUUCACCGCUUCCGUUCCGCCCAUACGCCGAGCUUCCGCCAUCUUUGAAAGGAUCGCCAUUUUUGCCGCCACCUCCUUACAUGCAUGGAUUGAGAUAUCCUAUGAAUUUCUCGCCACCUGCUGGUGACACGGGUAAAAUGGUUUUCGAGGAUCGAGGAGUCGAACAUAUGGACUUGGGAGCGAGACACCACAAAUCUCCGUUUGACAACGUGGUAAACUACUCAGUGCUAAAGACCAGCAGUGGCUCCGACCUUGACCUUGCUGCUAUGGACAAGAAAAAGAGCAAGGAAAACGAACCGAUCCGAUAUCAGUGCGACUCGUGCAAAAAGAGUUACUCCACGUUUAGUGGGUUGUCCAAACACAAACAGUUCCACUGUACCUCGCAGACGAAGAAGGAAUUCAGCUGUAAAUAUUGUGAAAAGACAUACGUCUCUCUGGGAGCGCUGAAGAUGCAUAUACGGACUCAUACCCUUCCCUGCAAGUGCAAACUCUGUGGCAAGUCUUUCUCUCGUCCCUGGUUACUUCAGGGCCACAUCCGCACUCACACCGGGGAAAAACCUUUCACGUGUCCACACUGUGGGCGGGCGUUCGCCGACCGGUCAAAUCUGCGCGCGCAUCUUCAGACACAUUCUGACGUCAAGAAGUACAGUUGUCGUUCUUGCAGUAAAACCUUCUCCCGGAUGUCGCUACUGCUAAAACACGAAGACGGAUGUUGUGGAACUCUUGUGCAUUGAGAGGAAGGGAUUUUAAAACAUUAUGUUAGGAUCAAUGACCAUCCACGUACCUCGGCUUACAACUGAAUAUACUUCCAAAUAUUAAACCGUUUCUAAAUGAACGCUAGUCGAAUCUAAAUCGGGUAUACAUUUUUUUCUGGCGGGUUUCUGAGAGUAUUUGGUGACGUUGCUAAUUUAUUGAAAGGACAAUUUGUCAACUAAAGGCACUGUUUUGUGGAAAACAUAUCUGACUUUGAUGCCAGUACGUCCAGUUCUGUGUCGCAUAUAGGAACUAUAUGUAGUCCUUUGAACAUGUUAGUAUUGAAAUAACAGGGAUAUAUCAAAAUGUGCCAAUGAUCGUUUUACACCACUUAUUAAUUUAUUGUAGUAUAGACAUAGAUUUUUUAUUUUACACUGAAGGUGCUGUUAGAAAUUUUGUUUAAUUUCUUUUUUAAAAUGACACGCUAGUCUUUAUGUGCCAUCGAUGUUUGAAAGUAGGACUUGUAUUAUUUUUCACUUUUAUAUGCCGAGUCGGUGGUAGUAUUUAUAUUUUUCUGGCGUUUGUUUGUCCGUUUGGAUUUUUACCUUUGGGUAUUUUAUGAUAUAAGAGGGCACAUGCAUUUGAGUUCAGGAUCAUAUUUCAUUUAGAUUUUUUUUCUUCUAAGUAUAGGAGAAUCGGUAUGUCCAUCUCAGGGCACAAAUGGAUAUAUUCCGUUCCAACCAGUCCCCACAAUUGGCCGUGAUAUAUGUUAUCUUGUAUGUGAGAAAGUACGGUAGAUGUAAAAAUCAUUUGUUCGUGUAUGUAAUUAAAGUGAGUUUCUUUUUCUAUAUAAUCGUCACCGAGUAUACAAUGUUAAAGCAACAUUCCUUUCAUUUUCGUUUCAUUUUCCUUGGGACCGCCAUCCGACCACUUCAUUUUCUGACACUGUUCUGCAUGAUAAUGCGAUUAUUUCAGCAACUUUAAACAUUUCGUUUAGGCUAUAUCAUAUAAUAUGUAUAUGAGAGAAGAAAGAAAACACAAUCAUAAUUUGUAUAUAAAGUAAGAUUAUUUUUUCUACAGUUCAGAAACAGAUCGAUUGAGGGGAAGUUUGGAGAGAUACUAGGGACCGAACUUACAAAGCCUGUUUAUGACUUACACGCGUGUAACUACAUACAUUUACAAUGCUUAAACACCUGUCUUACACGCGUGUAACUACAUACAUUUACAAUGCUUAAACACCUGUCUUACACGCGUGUA